GAAAGUGAAGUCGACGUCGCUUCCGUUUUAUCAUUUUGUGUGGAUCACUCUCUCUGUCUCAGUGUUGAGAACACUUCCAAUCAUCAGAGACAAAUCAAGAUUCCGGUUGGUGAGUUGUUUUCCCUUUCCGAAUCUCUGAAGGAGUUCAUGAACUUUCCAAAAUCCUGUUCAAAUAUCCAUUCAUUCUUAUCCCCAACAAAUGAUUUCAUUCAGCAUUCGGAUUUUUCAAUUUCCAUUUUCUUGUUCCCUUUGAUCUUCUCUUUCUCUUCGUUUCUCGGGGGAGGUGUCUGAUGGGUCUCUGCAACUCCAAACCCUCCCCGAAUUCUGAUCUGUUCUCUCAGAAAUCUGGUUCACGAACGCCCAAUGUAGGGCAUAAUUCCGCUCAACCAAACUCUGUUUCCGCCGCGGGAGGAGAUGAGAGGAAGACGGCGGAUAGGAGAAACGCCCGCCAUGAGACGGAUGAUGUGAAGAAAUCGCCGUUUUUCUCAUUUUACAGUCCCAGCCCUGCUCAUUUCCUGUUUUCGAAGAAGUCUCCGGCGAGAUCUCCAGCGAAUGCGAGUGCUAAUUCGACUCCGAAGCGGUUCUUUAGAAAGCCAUUUCCGCCUCCAUCGCCGGCGAAGCAUAUUCGUGCUGUUCUAGCGCGGCGGCACGGCUCGGUGAAGCCAAAUGAGGCGUCGAUCCCUGAGGGGAGUGAGGCGGAAGGCGCUACUGGUUUGGAUAAGAAUUUCGGGUUUCCGAAGCAUCUUGCGAGUAAAUAUGAGGUUGGAGAAGAGGUUGGGAGAGGGCAUUUUGGCUACACUUGUGCUGCGAGGUUCAAGAAGGGCGAACUUAAGGGCCAACAAGUGGCUAUCAAAAUCAUUCCCAAGUCCAAGAUGACUACUGCGAUCGCAAUCGAGGAUGUCAGACGGGAAGUGAUGAUAUUAAAAUCUUUGAGUGGUCACAAAAAUCUUGUAAAUUUCUAUGAUGCAUAUGAGGAUCAUGACAACGUAUAUAUAGUAAUGGAGUUGUGUAAAGGAGGAGAACUUUUAGACCGAAUUCUAUCGAGGGGUGGUAAGUAUACAGAGGAGGAUGCAAGAGCUGUAAUGGUACAGAUACUAUAUGUUGUAGCUUUUUUCCACCUUCAGGGUGUGGUUCACCGGGAUCUCAAACCUGAGAAUUUCCUUUUCACUUCAAAGGGCGAAGAUUCAUUGUUGAAGGCUAUCGAUUUCGGAUUAUCAGAUUUUGUGAAGCCAGAUGAAAGGCUUAAUGAUAUUGUUGGUAGUGCUUACUAUGUAGCUCCUGAAGUCCUCCAUAGAUCAUACAGUACAGAGGCAGAUGUCUGGAGUAUAGGCGUAAUUGCAUAUAUUCUUCUAUGUGGUAGUCGUCCAUUUUGGGCUCGAACGGAGUCUGGCAUCUUUAAAGCCGUCCUAAAAGCUGAUCCCGUCUUUGACGAGUCGCCAUGGCCUUCUCUGUCUUCUGAGGCAAGAGAUUUUGUCAAACGACUAUUAGUUAAAGAUCCACGAAAAAGGAUGUCUGCUGCUCAAGCUCUAAGUCAUCCAUGGAUUAAAAAUUCUCUGGAUGUAAAAUCUCCUCUUGAUAUACUAAUAUUUAAACUCAUGAAGAUUUACAUGCGGUCAUCAUCUCUUCGAAAAGCUGCUUUAAAGGCUGUGUCGAGAACGUUGUCUUUAGACGAGCUAUUCUAUUUGAAGACGCAGUUUUCACUCUUGGAACCGAGCAAAAAUGGCACCAUAAGCAUAGAAAACAUCAAAGAGGCUUUGACGAAAAACAUAUCGAAUACUAUAAAGGAAUCGAGGAUACCGGAUCUAUUGAGUUCGCUUAAUGCAUUGCAAUAUAGGAGAAUGGAUUUUGAAGAGUUUUGUGCAGCUACACUAAGUGUCCAUCAACUCGAGGCUCUCGAUAGGUGGGAGCAACAUGCGCGAUGUGCUUACGAUCUGUUUGAGAAGGAUGGAAACAGAGCCAUUGUUAUAGAGGAACUGGCAUCGGAACUUGGCCUCAGCCCUUCUGUGCCUGUUCAUACCGUUCUUCACGAUUGGAUUCGACAUACCGAUGGAAAAUUGAGCUUCCUCGGGUUUGUCAAACUGUUACAUGGACCUUCUAGUCGAACUCUGAUGAAACCAUUAUAAGGCUUAUAACUCAAAUGUUGAACAUUCAUCAAAAGUAUUGGCUGCUCCAUCCGGAUUCCUUUCAGCUAUGUAGCUCUGAGAUCUUAGUCGAGAAAUACUUCGAUUUCGAUAUGGCCGGAGCUUGUGGAUACUCGCAACAAGGAUGACGAUCCGACCUCAUUGGUAAGUGAAGUGAAAAUGUAGGAGAUGGAGUUGGAGUUUUUCUCACUGUAUUUGUAUAGGUUUGAAUCAGAAGUGUGUGGUCAAUUGCAAGUGAAGAUAAUCCCCCAGGGUUCUCAGAGGAUGGCACUUGCAUAUCCAGACAUGAACUUCUGGGUUGUAAUUGUGAGGUUUUCUUCUUCCUUUCCACUCAAUAGUCUUGAUUGAUGAAUGCUUCUUAGAGAUCGAGAUCUCAUAUCGGUUGGAGAGGAAAACGGAGAAUUUCUUGUAA